AUGACGACAAGGACGAAUGAAGCAGUAUGGUACGCCUCAAAGGGCGACCACGGAACCGUAGGUCCUGCACCACUGCACCAUCCCGGACCAGGCCAGCUCCUUAUCGAGAACAAAGCCGUUGCCAUCAAUCCUGCCGACUGGAAGCUUCGCGAUGAAGGAUGGUACAUCGAAAGCUGGCCCGCUUGCUUUGGUUUCGACGUAGCAGGAGACAUCGUCGAGAUAGGCUCAGACAACGGCACGAACGAGCAAUCCCCAUUCCACAUCGGCCAGCGCGUCAUCGCUCACGCACUGUUCCUCUGGACCAAAGACUACGCCCACUCCGGCUUCCAGAAAUACACCAUCGUCCCGGCCAGCGCCACCGCGCCUUUGCCCGACAAUGUCACCUUCGCCGCGGGCUCAGCGCUUCCACUGUCCAUCGACACAGCCGUCCAUGGCCUCUAUGACCCUGAGUUCCUUGCGCUACCACUCCCAACAUCGACAACGAAGCAAAAUUCUUUGAACAAAACAAUCUUAGUCUGGGGCGGCGCCAGCAGCGUCGGCGCAUCCACAAUCCAACUUGCCGCCGCCUCCGGCCUGACCAUAAUCUCCACCUCCUCCCCCCGAAACUUCGCUUUCGUCAAAUCGCUCGGUGCAAGCCACGUCCUCGACUACACCUCCCCAGCCAUCAUCCCCGACCUCAUCUCCCUCAUCCAACAAUCCGGCACCCACUUCGUCGCGCCUACGAUGCAAUUGGUCGCCUCCGCGCUGGAAACAGCCGAAGCGCCCAACGUCACGAGCAGCAUGGUGUUGGCGCCAAAGGCGGUGCUGCCGCCAAAUGAAGAUAUAGCGAAAGCGAUCUGGCGAGAUUACCUGCCGGAAGCGUUGAGGAGUGGGACAUUUGUGCCGAGCCCGCCGGCGCGGGUCGUGGGCCAUGGGUUGGAAAGUGUGCCGGGAGCGGUGGAGGAGAUGAAGCGGGGGGUCAGUGCGGAGAAGUUGGUUGUCACGCUGUGA